AAACAUAGAGGAAGAGAGCUCUUCCUCUGCCUUUCUGGAGGAGAGGUGUUCAUGUUUUUACUGUAAGGAGAAGAGCCUGUGUUUUGGAUUGAUCCCACGACAGCGUCAAAUAGUGUGUUUUAGCUUCAGAGAUGUUGUCAUUGAGCUAUUUGCGGAUUGUGUGCUCACCUCGGGCACUGCUGACGAACCGACUCUGUGUUUAUGAAGCUUUUACAUGUUCAGCACAUUGUAUGUCUACCUGCUUCCCCAAGAAGGACAUAUGGCACAGCAACACGAACUUGGGAAAGGAAAGAAAGAUUAUUUACUACACAGAUCGAGUCAGUUCACCCAGGUACUACUGCACAGGUCAAGUCAAAGUGAGCUGCUGGAAUUGCAAACAGCCUCUGGGCAAAACACCUGCAUUUUUCUGCAUGUCAUGCAAAGUAGUCCAGCCCCCUGAUGAAGGGACAUCCUACUUUAAAAUUAUGGAUUGUGACUGCACAUUCACACUGGACACACAAAAGCUGCAGAAAAGAUACUUGCAGCUCCAGCGCUCUCUACAUCCAGACAACUUCAGCCAGAAAUCUGUGAGAGAACAGGAAUAUUCAGAAAUCCAGUCGGCUCUUGUGAACAAAGCAUACAGGACUCUGCUUAAGCCUUUGAGUCGUGGUCUUUAUAUGCUGGAGCUGAAGGGGAUGCGUAUAGAAGAGGGUACUGACUCCAGGGCUGAUUCUGAGUUUCUAAUGGAGCUAAUGGAGAUCAACGAAGCCCUUGAUGAAGCACAUACUCCAGAAGAAGCCAAUAAGAUCGGCAGAGACACAAAAGGGAAACUGACAGACUUGACAAAGGAGAUAGACGCUGCCCUGCUUAAAGGAGAGCUUCAAACUGCCAAAGCACUGCUUGCCCAAAUGAAAUACUAUGCAAACAUUCAGGAGAAAGUGAAAGAAAAACUUUCUGAAUUCAUGUAAUUUCUCCCCUAUUAAGUGUUCCUUUAUUUUUUUUAAAAAUUUAGUCACUUUUAAAAAGUUUUGUACAGAAGCACACAAAUUAUUGUACAUUUAUCUUGGGAUUAUGUAAAUUUAUUGUUCAAUUUGAAUAAUAAAAAAACUUACUUGUAAUGCAUAAUACA